GUACCAAGUAGCUGUAUCAUAGGAAAGUUUCUCACAAGUACAAGAGAAGGGUCGUUUGCGCCCAUUCAGUGCUCGGGCGUGCCCCUACCUAUACUUAUAUGUCGUUACAUUCUUUAGGAACACCCUUUCCUUGACCUUAUAAAGAAUGGAUUCUCGAAUUACAAGGCUUUCAAAAGUGAUCGCGGUCCUACUGGUCGCACUCUACUUCCUUGCGUUCUUCCUACCAGAGACGGUGGAUUAUAUCGCCCUUAUCCCCGGGAGGACGCUGCCAUACGCAUGGAAUCUCCUGACUUCUGGUUUCCUGACUACCAAUCCCUAUAAGCUUGGCUUGGAGGUUAUCGGCGUCCUUCUUUUAACACGACUGGUGGAGCCGGUUUACGGUUCGAAGGAGUUCCUGAAAUUCCUGUUUGUCGUGGACCUCAGCGUCAACAUAUGCGUCUUGGUUGGUGUGUAUGUCUUCUUCGCCCUGGGACGCGACACCGGUGAUAUCCUAUACACAAAGUUCGGUGGCUUUCACGGCAUGCUUGCCGGCAUCGUGGUGGCCGUUAAGCAGGUGAUGCCCGAGCACGAGGCCAAGCUCUUCCGCUUUGUAAAGUUCAGCUUCAAGUACCUGCCGCUCCUAUUCGUCACGGCUACCGUGGGCCUCGCUGCCGGUCUGAAGCAGUACAUGGAGGUUCCCUUCCUGCUGCUGGGCACCUACAACGCCUGGGUCUACCUGCGCUACUUCCAGCUGCAGCCUGACGCGCAGAGCCGGGGCGACUCCUCCGAUGAUUUCAAGUUCUCCGGCUUCUUCCCACCACUGCUGGCGCCCGUGAUCGACCCAUUCGGCUACAUCUUUGCCACCGUGUUCCGGUUGCGGCACCCCCCCGCGGAGACGAAGGCGCCCUUUGCCAACGCCUCACAGUACACGCUGCCCAUUAGCAAUGCCGACGCGAACCGGCGCAGGGAGCGCGGCGCUAAGGCCCUUGAGGAGAGGCUGGUUCUGAAGAAGGCAGCAGGCGAGGGUGACAGCGAGGCCGUGGGCGUGGAGGCAGCCAGCACUGGCGCACCCGCAGCUGCUAGCACAGUUACCAUCCCCACGACCGUGCCGGCUAGUUCGUAAAGGCGUCCACGCUUAGUAUUGGUGACGGCUUCUAGUGAUUAGGGGUGUAUUGACAGCAUGUGGUAGCGCCUUUUGUUGAGGAGCUUUGGCCUGUGUACGGCACAAGGAAGCUAAGGAUUUCAUGUACCUACCGGGCUUGUUGCGGGUCACUAUUUAGGGCAUGCGCGUAAACUAGCAUGUGCAUAAAGAAAGAAUGGAACAGGGAAACACCUGUGCGUCAACGGGGCAUCGCCUUGAGGUG